AUGGCCCAACCCAGCUCCUUGACCGGGGACCCUCCGCUCUUCGCAAACCCCUUCCCCUCCCUCGACCAACAAUUCCGGCAGAAUGUGCGCGAGCACCCGGACACGCUCGCGCUGGUCUGUCCCCACCAGCCCGCGAGCCUCUAUACCAAUCAUGACGAAGCGUCUUCGACAACGCCACAAAAGCCCAGUGCAGAGGGCUUGCGCUGGACGUACGCGCAACUCGACGAGAAGAUCGAGCGGUUCGCGGCGAAUCUCCGCCGCCGCGGGGUGGGGAGGGGAUCGCUGAUGGUGCUGUUUGCGACGAAUACCGCGGAAUACGUGGUCGCGACGUGGGCGGCGUACCGGAUUGGGUGCGUGCAUGUGCCGUUGAGUCCGAGGUGUCUGGGGCAUGAGAGGGAGGCGGUGCAUAUGCUUGAGACUGCAGUGGGGGCGUGUCGGCCGGAUUCGGUGGUGGUUGUUGCUGCUGCUGCUGCUGCUGCUGCUGGGUUGGAGCGGGUUGCGGGGUUGGUUCGGGGGUUGCAGCUGCAGGUGGAGUGCUGUUUGGUUGCGAUAUCAACCGGAGAGGUAGGGGUUGGGGAUGGGUGGCACCAGCAGGAAUCAUCCAUCUUCUUCACGAGCGGCACCACCUCCCUGCCCAAAGGCUGCUUCGUGCAGGCCUCCGCCUUCCCCACGACGGUCGCCCGCGCGUGGCGAUCGAGCCCCAACCGGCCCAUGCGCCCCGGCGAUCGCGUCGCCGUCGUGCUGCCCAACAACCACGCCUUCGGGUAUAUGUUCCUUAUGGCUGCCUUCCUCAAUGCCGCCACCGUCGUCUUCCCGGGCGAAGCGUUCGCCCCCGAGCGACUGAUCGAGACGAUCCGCCAGGAACGCUGUACGCACACCGCGUUGGUGCCCACCAUGCUGCAUGCUCUGAGUGGCGUGGCGGUGGCGCCGGCGCAGAAGCUGCAUUCCCUGAAACGGGUGGUCCUGGCCGGUGCGCCGCCGACGGAGGAGGUGCUCCGUAUCUGUCUGAGCCAUCUCGGGGCGCAAGCGGUGGAGAACUUCUACGGCAUGACCGAGGGGAUUGUCGUGUCGACGGACGCGGCAGAGAGCAUCGACGAGGUGAUUUCGGGCCGCGAUGUCUCGAUUGGGCGGCCGUUGCCUGGCGCGAAGGUGCGCAUCUGUGCCAAAGGUAGUCAAGUCCCUGUCGCGAUGGGAGCCGUCGGGGAAGUGCAUUUCUCCGGGCCCAGUCUGAUAGAUGGGUACAUCGGGAACAGGGACGACGAGAAGUUCUACACCAGCGAGGACGGCCGGCGGUGGUUCUGCACGGGGGACAAAGCGGUUGUCGGGGAGGAUGGGCGGCUGUAUCUGGUGGGAAGGUAUAACGACACAAUCAUUCGAGGGGGUGAGAAUAUCGAGCCCUCGGCCAUUGAGGCGGUGCUGGGCCAGACGGCGGAGUUCCAUGUGCUCGAGCCACAGAUCGUCCGAGCACCGGAUCAGGUUGCUGGUGAGGUGCCUGUUGCGGUUGUGCGGACGGAUGUGGACGAGCAGAUGGCACGCCAGCUCAAAGAUACCGUCCGCACAAAGAUGGGGGCUCUCUUUGUCCCGGCGGGUGUGGUUCCGGUGUCGGCCUUAGGGCUGGAUGACUAUCCCCGGACCCUGGCCGGCAAGGUCCAGAAGUCGAAACUCACUGAGCUGGUCGAGGUCUACUGGACGGCCCAGAAGUCUCAAGGGCGCAGCAGACUAUACAGUCGUGCGAUGCUUGAAUCAAAGCUGAAACAAGCCUGGGCCCAAGCAUCGGGACUCAACGAUGCGACGAUGAUGGAUGUGAAUGUCAACCUAGCAGCAUAUGCCGACGUUCGCUUGCUCGAAUCGAUCAAGUCACAGAUCUGGAAGGAUAUGCCUAGCAACGUCACAUUAUCAGACUGGCUGGCAGCUGACACGGUCGCAGAGGAGAUGGAAGCGAUCGAAGCAAGUGGCCAGGAAAUACUCGAGUCGCAUCCCAACUCGCAGCUCAUGGAAUCCCUGUUAGCAGCCAUUGCUUCCGCAAAGGGCGAGAAUAUCGACCCGACCAUGCGCAUGAUUGACCUCGGAAUUGACUCCAUCACCUCAAUUGCGCUGCUCAACCAGAUUCGACAGGAGACAGGCGUGUCUCUCCCAUCAUCCCUCUUCUUCACCCCCCACACCAUCGGCGAGCUCAUGGAGCGUCUACAAUCCUCUACCGACCCAUCCAGCCUUCUCGAAAUCGACUCCGCCACGCAAGAGACACCCCGCGAAUGCUUCUCCACCCUCAUCCAAGGCAUCCCCAAACCCGGCGUCCCCUGCCUGUUCAUGACCCCACCCGGCUCCGGCUACGCCUUCUCGUACGAGCCGCUCCCGAAAUUCGCCAACGACCUGGCCGUCUACGCGCUGGGCUCGCCCUUCCUCAUGAGCAAGUCCGACGCCACCUGGACAGUCGAAGAGGCCGCCGCGCUGUACGUCAAGACGAUCCGCAAACUGCAGCCCGAGGGCCCAUACCUGCUUGGGGGCUGGUCGAUGGGCGCGAUCCUCGCCUACGAGGAGGCCUACCAGCUCCGGCAGCAGGGCCAGCAAGUCCUGGGCAUCAUCAACCUGGAUAUGCCGCUGCCGCGUCCGGACCCGCACGUCCUGGAGCCCACGGUCAAGCUCCUGGAGAUCGUCGGCUUCUACCCGGCGAUCCGACGCGCCGGCAAGCCCGACAUGGAGAUCCCGUCGUACCGGCGAGAGCACAGCCUGGCCUCGGUCCGGGCGAAACUGAAAUACUCGCCCCGCCCGAUGCGCACGGCCAGCGAGGACUCCACUCCGGUCCGGAUCUUCGUGAUCUGGGCGGGCCACGGCGAUCCCGAUCGACUGCCCACCGUGCUGGUGGAGGCCGACGAGAUCCUGCGGCGGUGUGGCCCCGAGACGCAGGCGCGCACCAGCCAGGAAUGGCUGCAGACGCCGCGGGAGUCGAUGGGCCCCGGGGGUUGGGCGGAGAUGGUCGGGGAGGAGAACGUCGAGUGUCAUGUUAUCGACCAUGCCCAUCACGAUACGCUGAUGGAUCCGGAGGUGGUAAGUUGCGCCUUUGUUUUUUGUUUUCUGUGUGAUCUCUAAUGACAUGCGCAGGUGGAAUACACGGCGAGACUGAUGCAGGUGGCUGUCGACAAAUGGUUGUCGUCGUUGUGACUUGACUCUUUUCGGUGGUCGACCAAAAAUGUCAUUGUACAAAGACAAGGCCCGCACUGGGUCCAUUGAGACCGAUUUAUAGCUGGUGCAUUUUAUCGGGACGGUGAUGUGGUGGAAAGGUUCUUCCAAGGGAUCGAGUCUAUAAUAAUUGUGGUAAUGUUUUUUAGCGCCU